AUGGCCGACUACGAGAGCAACGACCUCAGACGCGAGGGUGGUUGGAAUCCAUUCGAGGUCAAGCACCGAAGGAGGACUACCAAGGGCCAAUUCAGAGUCCUCGAGGACACGUUUCAGAAGACUCCCAAGCCUUCCAACGAAGUGCGCAAGGCCAUCAGUGAGCAGCUAGACAUGCCCCCUCGGGCUGUUCAGAUUUGGUUCCAGAACCGUAGGGCCAAGGCAAAG